AUGCAUAUUUAUUGCCUUUUACUAUUUAUUAUUUGCAAAUUCUGCAAAUUUUUUAUGGUAGCAGAGAGAAGACUCACCAAGAAAAUCCUUCAUAAGAAAUUCCAAACGGAUGAAGACUUAAACGAGUUCAUAUCAGCAGAAGGGACAUUCAAAGACAAAGUCACCUUAAUGACACUAAAAAUCAUUAAAGAGAGAAAUUCAAAGGAAAUGAAAAAAUUACUAAAUAUGGCAAAUGUAACGGAAAAUGACAAAACUUAUUUAAUAAUUCAAAAUAUUAUGAAAAUAAUAGAAUAUUACCAAAUAAGUAAAAAAUUAAUUAAUUCUAACGGAAAUUUAGAAAUAAAAAAUGAAAAAGAGAAUUCAGAAGAAGAAAUAUUAUUAGAAGAAGAAAUAACCCGAGAUAACCCUAAAAAUAGAAAAAGAGCUAAAAUUAAUAGCACAGUGUGUAAUAAGUCUACAGUACCACAGGAUACUUCUAUAACAGAAGAUGAAUCAAAAGAAUUACAAAAUGAAGCAGUUUUAUUUUGUAAAUUUAUUGAAUUAUCAAAAUUUUUCACUGAAUUUUACAAUAUUUUAUCAAAACAUUGUUCUAACGGUUUUUUAAAAACAAAAAUUUUCAAAUUAUUCAGUGCACCUGAAAUAUUAAGCAUAAUUAAUGGGAAAGUAUUAGAUAUAUUAAUGGGCAAUGUGGAUAUAACCGUGGAUAGAGAAGUAAAACUUAUUCUACAUUAUAUAAAAAGAAAUAGGCAGGAUCUCUUGGAUAUAAUAAAGGAUAAGAUAAUCCAGUUACUUAAUAAUAACAGAAGAGUGAAAUAUGCACUGUCAUUAACAUUAUUAUUAGAUAAGAAUCAGUGGUUAUACAGCACAAACAGGGAGAAGAAAGAAAAGGGGGAUGAAAAAGAAGAUGAAAAAGAGAUAAAACUUAUUACACAUAGUGCAGUAAAUAAUAGUGAUGCAAAAGAAACAAAAAUUAUUACACAUAGUGUAAUAAAUGAUGAUAAACUUAUUACACAUAAUGUAAUAUAUGAUGAAACAUACUUAAGAGUGCUCGUAAAAUUAUUCUGUAAAUUACUUGUUACACAUAGUGUAAUAAAUAAUAACACAAUCACCAUUAUGCUGCUAAAAGGAUUACUGAGGUUUAUUAAAUGGACAAAGUGUUAUAAUUAUUACUUAUUACACAAUGUAGGAUAUAUUAUAUACAACCUGUCCUACAGUAACAAUACAAAACUUUCUAUGCCAUCAUUGAAUAUUCUUGAAUUAUUACACAUAACGGAAAAAGUAAACUACGUUAAAGUGCUCUCAGAUACAAUCCGUAAAUAUAUCUACUUAAACGACUUAAGUAAGUGUGAAAUACUGAAUAAGGCAGUAAAUACAACAGAAGACAAGGUAAAGACGGAAAUUAUAUGCAGUGCAUACCACACACCAAUUAAUAGCAAAUAUUCAAUUGGCUGUACAAUGGUAUCACAGGAAAUAGGACUAAGAGUGACUGACAGGGUGGGAUAUGCACUACUUAUUACACAUUAUAGUAAAAGUAUUAGUGAUAAUAUUAAAGACGUACUUAUAGGGAAUAAAGUAAAGGUGUAUAACUUAUGGGAUGAGUAUACAGAUAGGAGAUAUACAGAGUAUAAGAAAUAAGGGAGAGAUAAGUAGAGGGAGAAAGAAAAAAAGAAAUAAAAGUAGAAAAAAAUAAAAAACAAG